AUGACCAUAUCAAUGAGGGGGAGUCCCCAAGGACAGGGUAGUGGAGAUGGCUCACCUGACCAAACCCAGGCCACUGGUCAGCCUCCUGUUCAGAAUCCUCUACAGCAAACAGCUCAGCCUCAGCAGCCUCCAGUAUCACAAUCGCCAACAACUACCCAACAACCAUCCACAUCACAAGAUCAGCAAACUCCUCAGGAACAACCACAAUCUAAACAUGAUGAUGCUGGGGAUGUAGAUGAAAUUACUACUGAAUUAACAGAUGACCAAGAGCCUGAUUUUCCUCAUAAUGAGUUAGCCAAGCUUGAAGAUAUGAUAAAUCGCCCAAGAUGGGUUGUACCUGUUUUACCAAAAGGAGAACUGGAAAUGCUGCUUGAUGCAUCAAUUGAUCUAUGUAAAAAAGGGCUUGAUGUUCGAAGUGAAGCAUGUCAGAGAUUUUUUCGAGAUGGUCUCACCACUUCAUUUACAAAAAUUCUUACUGAUGAAGCUGUUAGUGGAUGGAAGUUUGAAAUUCAUCGCUGUAUUAUGAGAAAUACAGAAAGACUGGUAGAACUUUGUGUGACAAAGCUUUCACAAGAUUGGAUGCCGUUGUUGGAUCUGUUAGCUAUGGCAUUGAAUCCUCUUUCAAAAUUUCAUAUUUACAAUGGUACCAGACCUUCUGAAAGUGUGCCUGUUGGUUCUCAGAUAUCUGACGAUGAGCUAUUUGCAAGACCACCUGAUGCAAGAACACCAAAG